AUGCCUCACGUUCCUUCAUCAACUGAAGCUGAGAAUCAAGGCGAUGCGCCUGAACUCGUCUUUCCCCCUGUCACCAAAGACCAUAUUCAAAACUGCUCCUACGACUCUUGGUUUCCCAAGUAUAGGAGCUCUUGUCUCAAGUCUCGUAUAAUUCCUCUACCCCCAGCUUUCAUUGAAUACCUUCAUGAAGAUGGUAUUGUCUUGGCGGACGACGAUGAGCAUCAAGACGAACCAGAGGAAGAGUGGCAUGCAUCAUCCAACACAUCUGCGAGACCACAAGCCCAAGAUCCAGAAUCAUCAGACGACGAAGAUGAUGAGCCCGAGAGAUUGCCACCAAACCAAAGAUUCCCAGAGACACAUAAUCUCGUCAAGGAGACGAUUGCUGAAUUGGGUGGCUCAGUGGCACCAAAGUUAAACUGGUCAUCACCAAAGGAUGCGAAGUGGAUUUCACCUCACCAGAAUACACUCAAAUGCACGACACCCAAUGAUAUCUAUCUGCUUCUCAAGUCGUCUUCCUUUGUGUCUCAUGAUCUUGACCAUGCCUUCGACGACUGCACUUCGGCACCCCCCUCGCGGCCUUAUGCACCCAUUCUUGUUCUCAGGCCAUUUUUCUCUCCUCAUGUUGCCCUCGAGUUUCGUUGCUUUGUCAAGCACCGAACACUUAUCGGAAUUACACAAAGAGAUCUCAACCACUACGCUUUCCUUGAGCAGAUUCGGCCACAACUAUGGCGCAAGAUCAAAGAUUUUUUCCAUGACAAAUUGAGGCUCACUUUCCCUGAUGCCAGCUUCGUCUUUGAUGUUUACGUUCCGGAGAACUCCUUUGAGAAUGAUGGACUGGGAAAGGUUAGACUGAUGGACAUCAACCCAUGGGCUACUCGUACAGACAGUCUCCUUUUCGGAUGGCAGGAGCUUUUGGAAAUAGAUGUCCUAAAACCCCUAUAUGGCACAUCGAGCAGUGAGGCUGGUCCGGAUGUCAGUGGUGACGACACAGCUACUGAAGGGGAGGAUGUUGACGAAGAGAUCGAGUAUCACCCUGAUAUGCGCCCCGAGUUUCGCAUCAUAGAGAAGGAUGACCCUGCUGCUUAUAACUUUAGCAGCCCACAAUAUUCGGCCCAUAAGCUGCCAAAGGAGGUUGUCGAUGCAAGCAUGGCUGGCCAGGGUGGGCUGAUGGAGUUUGCGAUGCAGUGGAAGGAACUCACCGAAGGACGAGGAGAUGGUAUUUGGGAAAAAGCUGCUGGUGCUGGCACAUAG